AUGGUGCGUAGAACUCAAGAUGGCGGAGUUCCGUCCACGCUAGAUGCUGCCGCGUGGAGACAAAAGAGGGCCCCUGAUGACGAGCCCAGUUGUUACACUGGCAGAGUUGUGUCAUUCACUUUGCCAAGCAACAACAAGGUAUCUGUUUCUAUUUGUAACACAAUAACGUCUUACAAAACUGCAUGUGUUAGUUCGAUGGCAGACAACAAAAACCUGAGGAAAUGUGUUCCGUCCCGUACGAUCACGAUGCAAGGAGAGUUGUUUAACACAGCUUGAUCAUGUGCACAAUAGAAUAUUUAAAGCUAGAAACCUCUGAACUCUACAAUAUGUCUGGAACACAUGAACUAAAUUUAUAUCGAACAUUGCAAUAUUUAUCAUUGCAUCAUUUGUACGUUUCAUAUUUAAGAUAUAUGUAUAUUUACUAACUUAUCCAUAUAAAAAAAUUGCUGACUUUAUUUCUCUGUCGCCAGCACGUAACUUCCAUCUCCUUAAGGUGAUUCCUUAGUAUUUCCUUACGAAUCCUGUAGUGCGCAUAAAAAUCUCGUAAUCAGGCGAAUAAGCGUGCGCGAUUUCCGGGAACAUGGUCUCUGUACUAAUUAUCUAAUUUAUGCUGUGGUAUGAGCUAACAAUAACAAGGGCUAAAAAGGUAAAUAGAUAUGAAAGAUUUGUCUUAAUCAACUCCAGUAGAGUUUACCUUAAAAUACAAUUUUACAUUCUGAGAAAGGAAACAUUUUCCUUCCAUCAACACCUUUAACAGCUUUCAUCGUAUAACUUGCACUGUUUUACAAGGAUUUCCAGGGCUCGAGAAAAGCCCCAACAGCACACGUCUAAAAUUAGGAUAAUUUUCAACGUGUGUUUGAUAUCGCCAAUCAGUUGCUGACACGUCACUCGCCCUUCGCUGCACUCUGUCAGAUUGAUGAAAGAAUGGUGAAGCGCUCACCAUUCUCUAUUUUUUCGGCACAAAAAAUUCUGAUGUAUCAUGGUAUAUCUACGUACACUAAAAUGAGGGGCUUGAUUUUACCUAAUUAGAAUAUAAGUAAGAUGAAGAGGUUUUUAACCUGUCAUCAAAUUGUCCGCAUAUCAACUAACAACUUUCAACACACGUUGACGAAACUAGCAAAUUCCCCAUAACUACUAUUUCAAAUACAAUAUUUUUCCUGAAAAACUAAACUUUCGCGUCACAGAAUUGGAAAAAUGACACAUUUUAACACAUGGUACACCAUUUCAAAUGCUCUAAUGAAAUACAUCUUUAACGGCGAAAAAAUAACCACGAUAAAGUGGCAGAGAUAGAGCAAACAGGAAAAAAACUGAUGACGUAAAACUCCAAUAACCAGAUAAACAUUUCCACCGACACUGAGGUGAAAAACUGUUUUCGUAUAAGCCACAUAAGCUAAAUUAAAAGCGGACUAAAACAUUUUCUUUCUAUCACAUGCUCAGGAACUUUAAAAUCGUGUGCUCGAAACAGUGCAUAUGACAAGGAGCGGUAUAUGAGAGAGAGCACCUAUCAGUUCCUCUAACAUAAACAUAACUAUCACUUUGGGCUCCGAAUAUAUUCUGAAAUAAUUUAAAGUAAUGUUUAAAUGAUUUAAAACGGGAACACGAUUUUGAAAGAGGCCCUGUCACGGAUGUCAGAAGGAGAGAUCAUUUGUCUCGUUUCAUAAUCGUAUCACAACUUUUCAUCGUAGUAUUGUAUUCAUGCCGGACAUUUGAUUCUUUUAGGAAGUUCUCUCUUUGGCAAAGCUAUCAAAGUCUUCCAGUUCUUACACUUUCGAAACCCUCUUAGAUUAAAUGAAGUCUAAAAAAACCAAACAUCAACUGGUUGAAACGCGGGGUUUAGCUCCCUGUCAAAUUAUUCGUAUUCCUUGUUUUGUGUUCAGCCUAUGCUAUCCCAGGAAAUUGCCCUUUUUAUCUUUGUGACACUUUUUCACACCGUUUUACUAUAAAUCACUAUAGCAUUGUUUUGGUUAUUGUGAUUAUGUAUUUAUCACUAAACGAAUCUUAAUCAAGGAUUCAUGUUACUUAAGCACGUUUUCGUGCUGUUGUAAUUAUAUCCUGGUAGAUUUAAAGGUAUCAUUCCUCCCGAUUUCUUCCCAGAAUUGCGUCAUUCACUCGUUAUUAUCUGAUAGUCGUAUGACGUGAUUCCAAACAUUUUCUCUGUCUCUUUUCAGACUUAUUCAGAUCAUUUCAGUAUGAUUCAACCUUUUUCCUCUGAUAGUAGCUAGUAAAAUGAGUAAUAUGCCACGAAAAAUGGUUUUCAAUUUUUCGGUCAAUGAUAUAAGGAUUUUGUGUUAACUGAUAGAAUUAAUGAAUAAAUAGAAUCAAAAGCUAAUGAACUUGUUUUCUUUCCUAGUUUGAUGCAACGUAAAAUCUCUCCACGCAGCAGCUUCUCAUACAGGAAAAGAAACCAUCACAAUAAUUAUUAACCAAACAGAUUUCUAACAAUAAAGUUUUGCGCCGUUAAUAGUACACUUUUCAUUAAAAUAGAACAAUUUUAUUUGCUGAUCCUAUCAAAUCAAUUUCCAAACAGAGUCCUACGAGUUUCUUAAAAAAGACAUUUCAAAUUUCAGUCAGUGGAUCAGUCAAAGAAAUUCUUACCCAUCAUGGGAACUGUAAUAAAAAAAAGGAUGGAACUUUCAACGGAAACAGAAGCUCAGGAAAAAAAAGCGGUAGUUUCCCAAUUUUAGAAAUUUACUUUAGCACCAAAUUAAGAACACUCAAUCGUAUAUAAGUGGGAAGAAAAACAUUCCUCGGCAUCAAAAUCAACUUCAGAGAAGAAAAGAAACAAGUUGUGAAGACUCUUUACAGAAGCCACAAGAAAUACUAAGAAAUUGAUGGAGUUUUACAAGGUAAAACAAUGUAUCAUGGUUAUCGUGAAACGUGUUUCUAGGAAUUCCUUCAUUCAUUAAAUUUUAUUCCUCAGUUAGGUAUUUUUGAUAUGGUUUACCGGGAAACACGGCGGACUUUUCUGAAUUUUGUAGUUAAAUAGGUUAGAAAUCUUUUUUAAAAGUAUAAAAAUCAAGGUUUUUUUCAGAUCUCUUAACCAUGAAUAUCAUUACAAUAUUUCUAACUUAGAGCGCAAAAUUACAAAAUGCUGAUUGCCUAAGAAAAAGGGAAUUAUUCCUUAACUUCGUCAAUUGCCCUGGGAAAGUGCAAAAAUUUAGAAAUCAUUAUGAUUUCACUGAUGGCGAAUGUUUUCCAGCAGGGUUGCUUUCAUCGCUUUACCGUUGUUGUACAAAAAUAGAAUUGUAUUUAGCUGACUCCUGCGUUAUACAGUCCUUUGACUCUAAUUGAACUCUAAACAAGCUUCCUAGAGCGUGUGUUGAUCUCCUUUACAAAAGAAAAAUUUGCCCUUUAUAUUAUAAACAAGCAAUGGCUCGUUUCCACGUAAAAGGAAGGAAUUAAUAUCACUCGUGUUUUCAGAAGUUGCGAGCAUUUCUGGAACUUCUGAAACGCGCGUGAAAUAUUAAUCCUUAGUCUUACUCGGCCCCAUGCAAUUAGCUAUAAACAUCGUUGAAAAUAAAUUGACAAUGGAUCCUGUAUUAUAGGUUCUCGUCGUUUUCCUCGCAAUUUAUCUUCACUAUGGAAAUUGCCGGGCAGCUGCUUUAACCAAAAUCAUGGGUCGAAUCCAAAAUGGCGCAGUCCCGUCCACGCAGGGUGCUGCAGCAUGGAGACAAAAGAGGUCCCCUGAUGAUGAGCCUAGUUGCUACACUGGUACACAUGCGUCACUCACUUUGCCAAGCAACAACACGGUAUCUGCUCCUAUUUGUAAGACAGUAACGUCUUACAAAACUGCAUGUUUCAGCUCGAUGGCAAACAACAACAACCAGAGGAAAUGUGUUCCGUCCCAUAUGAUCACGAUGGAAGGAGUGGCGUUUAACACAGCCUGUUCCUGUGCACCAUAG